AUGGCUACUCACAAUACCAUCGCCGACUCGGAUGAGGAAGAUGAUUUCACGCCAGGGCAGAGUCCGGCGAAGCCCCAGACCCCGGUCACUGCACCAGCUUCCCGCUCGCCCACGACAGGCAAUGGCACGGACUCGACCGAUCCCCGCUUCUUCCAGGCCAUCUACAGCGAACAGCAGCAAGCCGUGGAGCGCGCUGCUCCCGCCCGAGCAGACCACUCCUUCGACGCUGCCGACAACACAUCGAGCUCGAUCUCCCUGAACGCACACCUGCACAAGAAGACGGGGAUAGAGAACACGUCGUCCCUCACGUCUGUCAGCGACCCGGCGCCGAGGCGGCCGAGAGCAGCGCGCCACCUCGUCAGCCCCGGCGGUGUGACGCAGCUUUCGCCGCCGGCAAGGAAUGUGGCGAGCACGAUGAAAGAUGUGUGGGAUAUACCAAGCAGCCCCGAGGCGACGGCGUUGCCGAUGCCGAAGCGCAGUCUCCUCUCGCACGCGACGGGUCACAGUACUACCUUUGCGAAAUACGCGAAUGCAGGAAGGGCCUUUUCGCCCACGCCAGAGGCGGCGCCAUCGUCAGGCCUGAGCGACCCGCCUGUAGAAGCAACGGUCGAGGGGGACGAUGUUGCCACGCCACCUCGUCCCGCAGACCAGCAGUGGCCUCAGCAUGCGGGCAUCGGGUCGCCAACACAGCAAAAUUCGCCAACCAGGAUCAGCGAGGCACGGCAUUGUCCCGUCAGCGGCCAGAAACCGACGGCGCCGUUAGCAAGCGACAGUCUGUCGUCGGAACAACCGGCCUCAGUGCCAGGCAUGGCCGCGAUAUGCAUUGAGCCGACGACCCUCAGUACGAGCCAAAGAGCACUCUACCAGUCGUUACACCCAUCGCCUGAAGAGGAAGCGGUGCAAGAGUUUGACGGCGCCGCCCACUUCAAGCAGGCAAUGUCAGGGAUGCGGUCGAGCGGUGCCACGACGAUUGCCUAUGCUACGCCCAGCCAGUGGCAGAAGUCGUCGCAUCCUGUCGUGGUUGAGCCGAAGGAAGCGUCAUCGCCGGCCACAAGUCGGAAGAAGAGAGCACGGGUAUUGGUGGAUGCUGAGCCUGUCUCGUCGCCCGACCUUCUCGCCAUGGAAGAGAGGCCGGGGAAGCGGGGCAAGACCGCCAAGAGGAAAACUGACAAGGCAACUGCGCGGCGAAGCGCGACACGGCAGGUGAAGGAUUCCGAUGACGAUGAUGAAGGCGAAGGGGGCAGGCCAAGACGAUGA